AUGAAAUCCGCAUGCCAAAUCAUAGUUUUUGUUCUGUUCUUUCCUUUUACUAUGAACUCGAUUCUUGUUCUUAGCGGAAGCUCUGAAUCAAACUUCCCCUAUAUCCUUUCUUGUGGUGCAUCAGGUGAUGAAACCGAUGCAGAUGGACGAAAAUGGAGUCCUGACACAAAGUUUCUUGCCUCUUCUGAUAAUUCGGAAACAGUUACGGCUCUGUACCAAGACCCUUCCCUGCCAUCAACAGUCCCAUACAUGAAUGCAAGGAUUUUCACGUCAACAACAUCGUACAAGUUCUCUGUUUCACAAAAGACCCGCCUUUGGCUCAGGCUCUAUUUUUAUCCCUCUACUUAUAAUAAUCUUGAUCCAUCCAAAGGGUGUUUUUCUGUCGUCGCGAAUGGCUUCACGCUUCUUAAAAACUUCAGUGCCUCCAUCACAGCAAAAGCUCUUACGCAGGCCUAUAUUGCUAGAGAAUUCUCUCUAACGCCUGUCGAAUCUGGUGAUCUCAAUGUCACUAUUACCCCCUCUACAGAACAAAGUGGAUCGUACGCUUUUAUCAAUGGCAUUGAGGUGAUUCCAAUGCCUGAUAUAUUCCAACAGCCUGCAGCUUUGGUCGGAUACAGCGAUCAAUCUGUUGAUGUUCAAAGCUCCUCUUUGCAAACAAUGUAUAGGUUAAAUGUAGGUGGACAGUCCAUUGCUCCAAACAAUGACUCCGGUCUUGCACGAAUAUGGUACGAUGAUUCACCAUAUCUGUUUGGUGCUGCAAUUGGUGUCUCCUCCAAGGCGGGUAAAAAUGUUAGAAUUCAAUAUUCUAAAGAUGUAACAGAAGAUAUUGCACCAUUGAAUGUGUACAGUACUGCAAGAACAAUGGGCCCGGAUCCGAAAGUUAAUCAAAAUUAUAAUCUCACUUGGGUUUUUCAGAUUGAUGCAAAUUUUACAUAUAUUGUUAGGUUACAUUUUUGUGAGUAUCAGCUUACCAAAAUUAACCAAAGAGUGUUUGAUAUUUUUGUUAACAACCAAACAGCACAGAGUGGGGCUGAUGUUAUCGGCUGGGCAGGAUCUCGAGGAAUACCAGUUUAUAAGGAUUAUGCAGCCUAUGUUACCGAUCAAACCGGAGAUGAUGAGAUAUGGGUCGCAUUGCAUCCUACUGUAUCCAUGAAGCCUGAAUACUAUGAUGCAAUUCUUAAUGGAUUGGAGGUUUUCAAAGUUAAUGACACAAAUGCAAAUUUGGCUGGCCCGAAUCCUGUUCCAUCAGAAAUGCUUGUUGAGGCAGAAGCAGCAGAGAAAACAUUCUCUUCAUCAGGGUCUAAGUUUGGCUCUUUGGUUGGUGGGGUUGCAGGAGGGCUUGCUGGCUGUGCUUUAGCUGUUGCUAUAGUUAUUUUUGUCCACACAAAGAAGAACAAUGUUGGUGGUAUUCACGCUAAAAGUGGCAAUUGGUUGCCGCUUUAUAGCCAUUCCAACACAACAAGCAAAUCAACAAUAUCUGGGAAAAGCAAUGCAAGUAGCCAUCUUUCAAGUCUUGCAGCCGGACUCUGCAGGCAUUUCUCCUUAUGGGAGAUUAAACAUGGCACCAAGAACUUCAAUGAAUCAAAGGUUAUUGGUGUUGGAGGUUUUGGCAAGGUUUAUAAGGGCACCAUAGAUGGAGGAACAGAAGUUGCUAUAAAAAGAUCAAACCCUUCUUCAGAACAAGGAGUUCAUGAAUUUCAGACUGAAAUCGAGAUGCUCUCAAAGCUGAGACACCGACAUUUAGUCUCAUUGAUAGGGUUUUGUGAAGAAGAUGGAGAGAUGAUUCUGGUAUAUGAUUACAUGGCUAAUGGGACUUUGAGGGAGCACCUGUAUAAAAGCAAUAAACCUCCCUUGUCAUGGAAGCAAAGAUUGGAAAUAUGCAUUGGAGCUGCAAGGGGACUUCACUAUCUUCACACUGGCGCCAGGUACACAAUCAUUCACAGAGAUGUUAAAACUACAAACAUUUUAUUGGAUGAGAAUUGGGUGGCAAAAGUUUCAGAUUUCGGACUGUCGAAAACAGGUCCUAAUCUUAAUGAAGGUCAUGUCAGUACAAUGGUGAAAGGUAGUUUUGGCUACUUGGACCCCGAAUACUUCCGCAGGCAACAAUUGACUGAAAAAUCUGAUGUUUACUCCUUUGGGGUAGUCCUUUUUGAAGUGUUGGGCGCAAGGCCGGCUUUGAAUGCGAACUUGCCUAAGGAACAAGUUAGUCUGGCUGAUUGGGCUCUACACUGCCAAAGGAAGGGUACUCUCCAUGAAAUUAUUGAUCCACAUCUUAAAGGAAAGAUCAAUCCUGAAUGCCUUAAGAAAUUCGCGGAGACAGCUGAGAAAUGUCUAUCCGAUCAUGGGAUUGAUCGGCCUUCAAUGGGUGAUGUGCUGUGGAAUCUUGAAUUCUCCCUCCAAUUGGAGGAAAAUCCUGGCCGGGUGGUGGUGGCAGAAAACAAGGCCAAUGACGCUUAUGCUACACAUACAGCACUGCUUGGCAUUGAGGAGGAGAUAGCAAACGAGGAAGUUGAUGACCUAAACCAAAAUGCUGUUUUCUCAGAGUUGGUGAAUCCCGAAGCAAGAUAAUUCUAUGUUCCCCUGGAGCUGUAGAUUGGUUAUUUGAACCCCCAAAAUUUUGUCAGGUUUCUUCUAUGAUAAAGUUCAUUGAUCUAACUUCAUCGGGCUCUCAGAUUCAGAUAUUGAACUUUUCCCCUUAGACAACAUGUUCUCUUUCAUAUGUACAUUGAAGGGUAGAAGAACUACACCGGAUUCUUUUUUGUUCAAUCCUAGCUGUCUUCCGCUCAACGUUCCUGAUUAUGAAUCUGAUGUCUUCUGAUGUUUCACUACCCUAAAACAGAAAUUUUAAACUAUACUUUCAUCUUUAGACAUGAAAUAUUCAUUAAACAAUGUAAA